AUGAAAGGCAUUAUGAGAUUCGGUAAGAAAGGAAAGCUUAGCCCUCGGUACAUUGGAUCGUAUAAGAUCAUACGCAGAGUAGGCCAGGUAGGAUAUGAGUUAGACUUGCCUUUCAACUUGGAUUCAGUACAUCCAGUUUUUCAUGUGUCGAUGCUCCGUAAGUGUAUCAGAGAUCCUUCUAGAGUCAUUCCAAUUAACGAUGUUCAUGUCACAGAGCAUCUAUCAUAUGAGGAAGCUCCCUUUGCUAUACUAGAUAGACAGGUUCGGAGAUUGAGAACUAAAGACGUAUCUUCGGUUAAAGUACUUUGGAGGAACAAUAAUAUGGAGGAGAUGACUUGGGAAGUUGAGGAAGACAUGAAGUCUAGGUACCCUCACUUUUUUCCGCUUCCGGUGGAGGAUCGGACUGAGAUAUCACAGCUUAGGUUGGUAGUGGUACCAUUACAGAGGACACUCUGCCAAAAUUUCUAUAGAUCUCUGGGAGGUUAA